ACUUUCUAAAAUCCUGGGGCUCUGUCUGGUCCUAAUUCUCCCUUCCGAUCCGUCGAGCGAAUGCGUUUCUUCUUCAGCUCCGGCAGCGACGACGACUUGGAUUCUGCUGACUGCAUGCUGCAUGCCUCACGAUGAGGACCGGCGGCUGGAGAGCAGCCUCUUUUAUAAUAGUGGCGGAGAUCGGUGAGCGCUUCGCCUUCUACGCCGUCGCCUCUAAUCUGAUCAUCUUCCUGACGGGACCCCUGCAAGAGGGGAUCGCGGCCGCGGCUGCGGCCACCAACGUGUGGAACGGCACGGCGCUGAUGCUGCCGCUGCUCGGCGGCGCCAUUGCCGACCUGUGGCUGGGAAGAUAUCUCACCAUCAUCUCAGCGUCGCUCCUGUACACCCUGGGUUUAGGCCUGCUGGCCGUGUCAACCUUGGUUGGGCAUCACUGCAACGCCGCCGCCACCGGCGACAGGUGCCCGGCGCCGCCCACCAUCCAGGUCACCCUAUUCUACGUGUCGCUCUACAUGGUGGCCGUCGGCGAGGGCGGCCACAAGCCGUGCGCGCACGCGUUCGGCGCCGACCAGUUCGACCAGAGCGACCCCGGCGAGUCCGUCUCCCGGAGCUCCUUCUUCAACUGGUGGUACUUCGGCGUGUGCGCCGGCACCGCCGCCACGCUCCUGGUCGUCAGCUACGUGCAGGAGAGCCUUGGCUGGCACCCCGGCUUCGCCAUCCCGUGCGCCGUCAUGGCCUGCACCCUCGUCGUGUUCCUGCUCGGUACGAGGACGUACCGGUACACCGACACGAGCGGGACGCGGAACCUGUUCGCUCACGCCGCCGAGGCUUUCGCUGGCUGGCGCCGGCGCCAGCGGAGCAGGCUCAGGGCUGCACACCGCACGUCGCAUCAGGCUUCACACCAAGGCGUCGUCGGGGUGUCUGCAGAAGAGCCGCCGGAGGCCAGAAGGAGCAGAAUCGAUGAAGAGGCGCAGGUGGUGGCGGCAACGACGGCAGCCACGAACACAGCCGUCGUGGUCAGCGAAGCCAAGGACGUCCUCCGUCUGUUCCCGAUAUGGGCGAUGACGCUGGUAUACGCCGUGGUGUACUCGCAGUCCAUGACGUUCUUCACAAAGCAGGCCACGACCCUGGACCGACGCGUCGGCGAGGUAGUCAAGGUGCCGGCGGCGGCGCUGCUAGCCUUCAUCAGCAUCACCAUCAUGGUGCUCAUCCCGGUCUACGACGGCUUGAUCGUGCCGCUGUCGCGCCGGUUCACGGGCAGGCCGUCGGGGAUCACGAUGCUGCAGCGCAUCGGCGCCGGGAUGCUCCUGUCCACCGUGUCCACGGUGAUCGCGGCGCUCGUCGAGGAGCGGCGGCUCCGGGUCGCGCGUGAGGCCGGCCUGGCCGACGAGCCCAGGAUCCAGCUGCCGAUGAGCCUGUGGUGGAUGGUGCCGCAGUACGUGGUGUUCGGCGCCGCCGACGUGUUCGCCAUGGUGGGGCUGCAGGAGUUCUUCUACGACCAGGUGCCUGACAGGCUGCGCAGCGUCGGGCUGGCGCUCUACAUCAGCAUCUUUGGCAUCGGAAGCUUCGUCAGCAGCGCGCUCGUGUCAGGCAUCCACCGGGUGACGGCGGCGAGGGGCCAGAGCUGGUUCUCAGAUAAUAUGAACCGCGGCCACCUCGACUACUUCUACUGGCUGCUCGCAGGGCUCAGCGCCCUCCAGUUCUUCGCCUAUGUCUUCUUUGCGUGGAGAUACAAAUAUAUAAACAGAACGUUGGAGCCGAGAACAUGUGACACAUAGUUUUAGGAUUUUCUUCCCUAUUUUCGUCACGAUACCACCCUUUUUUUUUACGACCCCCCCCCCCCCCCCCCCCCCCCCCCCCCCCCUAUUUCAUUAAGCAAUAGAAACCAUACGUUCCUUACAAAGACGCCAUGACCGACAUCUACCAGCAAAAGAGCAAAACCUUAUACAC